AGCAAAAUAAGAAAAGCAACGCCUCAACUCACCCGCACUAAAUCCCAUUUACAAUCAAAAACUGACUUUUAAAUCACGCAUUUGCGUUUGCAUUACCAUUUUCCUUUUCAUUUCGAUUUCUUGUUGAUCAAAGCAAGCGGAGAAAGAGAGAGAGAGAGAGAGAGAGAAAGCGGAGGAAAAAUCUGGUGACAAAAUGGGGGUGCCUCAAGCAAUGGAGGCGCUGACAGAGAGAGCAGCGUUCGUGAGGGAGUCGCUGCACAAAAGCCAGACCAUCACCGACAGCAUGGUCGCCAUUCUCGGUUCUUUCGAUCACCGUCUCUCCGCGCUCGAGACCGCCAUGCGUCCCACUCAGAUAAGAACGCAUUCCAUUAGGAGGGCGCAUGAGAAUAUUGAUAAGACAUUGAAGGCAGCGGAUGUUAUAUUAGCGCAAUUUGACCUUGCAAGAAAGGCAGAAGCUAAAAUACUGAGAGGGCCGCAUGAGGAUCUAGAAAGUUACCUAGAAGCCAUUGAUCAACUGAGACGCAAUGUUAACUUUUUCACCAACAACAAAAUUUUUAAGAGUUGUGAUGGGGUUCUUAAUCAUGCCAAUAACUUGCUUGCAAAAGCAAUUUCAAAGCUAGAAGAUGAGUUCAGACAGAUACUGACAAAUUACAGCAAGCCUGUGGAACCUGAUCGACUUUUUGAUUGCCUUCCCAACUCUUUGCGGCCAUCAUCAGAACCACCAGGGCAUCAAGGUGAUCCUGUUAGCAAACCUCAUUCUGAGCACCAUCAUAAGAGGUUAGAAAAUGCUGUUUUUACUCUUCCAACCCUCAUCCCGCCCAGGGUUUUGCCAUUGCUGCAUGAUUUAGCACAACAAAUGGUCCAAGCUGGGCAUCAGCAACAACUGUUUAGAAUUUACAGGGACACUCGUGCUUCAGUUUUGGAACAGAGUCUUCGGAAAUUAGGUGUGGAGAGACUUAGUAAAGAUGAUGUUCAGAAAAUGCAGUGGGAGGUUUUAGAGGCUAAGAUUGGGAACUGGAUACAUUUUGUGCGGAUAGCUGUCAAGCUGCUGUUGUCAGCGGAAAAGAAGAUAUGUGAUCAAGUACUUGAAGGUGUUGAUUCACUGAGAGAUCAAUGUUUUGCUGAAGUCACUGCGAACAGUAUGGCUGUGCUCCUUAGUUUUGGAGAGGCUAUUGCGAAAAGCAAGAGAUCACCUGAAAAAUUAUUUGUUCUCUUAGACAUGUAUGAAAUAAUGAGAGAAAUUCAGCCAGAGGUUGAAACUAUUUUCGGAAGUAAAGCUUGUGUUGAAAUGCGGGAAUCUGCUGUGAGUUUGACGAAGCGACUAGCCCAGACAGCUCAAGAGACCUUUGUGGAUUUCGAAGAAGCAGUUGAAAAAGAUGUUACAAAAACUGCUGUUCAGGACGGAACUGUACAUCCUUUGACUAGCUAUGUGAUUAACUAUGUUAAAUUUUUAUUUGACUACCAAUCAACAUUGAAACUACUUUUCCAAGAGUUUGACGAGACUGAUCCAGAUGCUCUUUUAGCAUCUAUAACUACAAGAAUUAUGCAGGCUCUACAGACUAAUCUGGAUGGAAAAUCCAAGCAGUACAGAGAUCCUGCACUGACUCAAUUGUUUCUUAUGAACAACAUCCACUAUAUAGUGAGAUCCGUCCGAAGGUCAGAAGCAAAGGAUAUGUUGGGGGAUGACUGGGUUCAAAUUCACCGAAGAAUUGUUCAGCAGCAUGCAAAUCAGUAUAAGAGAGUUUCUUGGGCAAAGAUUCUGCAAUGUCUUACAGUUCAGGGAGCUUCAUCGGGCGGUGGAGGUGGCAUUGACACCAGUAGUGUUUCAAGAGCAAUGAUAAAAGAUAGGUUUAAGACUUUCAAUUUCCAAUUUGAAGAGAUUUAUUCAAGGCAAGCGCAGUGGACAGUCCCUGAUAGUGAAUUGCGGGAGUCCUUGAGGCUAGCUGUUGCUGAAGUCCUAUUACCUGCCUAUAGAUCUUUCAUUAAACGUUUUGGGCCGAUGAUUGAAAGUGGAAAAAACCCGCAGAAGUAUAUAAGAUAUACCCCUGAGGAUCUUGAGCGCAUGCUGAAUGAAUUCUUUGAAGGUAAAACGUGGAACGAACAAAAGCGAUAAGUAUCUGCAACAAUGUGCAUUAAUUGUUUUAUUUGAAUUGUUUAGAUGUUAAUUGGGAUUUUUUAUUUUCAUUGUACAAUUAUGGGGGUAAAUAAUAGGCUGGUUGAAUUUCUUCCUUUUGCUUUUAAUUAGGCCCAAAAUGAAGCUGUAUACAUUCCCUCUU